AGCGGUGCUGAUCACGUGACGGCGAAAGGGCGAGGGGGGGGCAGGGUUUUUUCACACUUUUGUAAACAACAUGGCGAUUCGCGGACCGGUCCUGCUAGCCGACUGAACGGAACACUGUGCUGUCAAACCUCGGGCUUUCUUUGUGUUGUAAACCUGGUAGGUCGGACCCCACGGAAGUUACACACCUGUCAAAUUGUCAAGCUCGGGCCUAAACGACAAAGAACUGGACUGACGAGCUGUCAGGAAGACCGUUUGACAGUCAGACGGCCCCCUUCAGUCUAUGGGCUCUCAGUCCAGUUCUGGGAUGUCUGGUGGAAGGGGCUCUUCCAGUGGCAACCCAGCUGAGCAGUCUGAACCAGCAGAACCGAACCAGAGCAGCAGCAGCAGCAGCAGCCGAGGCCGCAGGACGGCUGACAGGCAGCAGGGAGACAGGCAGUCAGCAUCAGAGGAGGACGUUGACUUAGCUGAAGUACUGGCUUACCUACUGAGGAGGGGCCAGGUGAGACUGGUCCAUGGCAGUGGAGCCACAGGGCUGCAGCUGGUCCAGUCCUACUCUGACUCUGACGAGGACAGCGAUGGAGCCUGGGAGGGUCGGCUGGGGGACCGUUACAAUCCACCAGUGGACGCUCAACCCGACACACAUGAAGUGGACCAGAGUGAGAUCCGAACUCAGAUCCUGCUGGCCACUGCCUCCUCCGCCCUGAAAGGCCGACAGAGUUUCACCCACAUGCUGACAGAGAGGGAACAAGGCAGAUGUCGAGGCUCCAGUUUUUCCCAUGGAGAGUGCAGUCGUAUCCGCACACAUUUUCUGCCAAACUAUGUGUCCCACAAGGAUAAAUACCAGCAGAAGGCCUUCUGUGGAGUGUACAGUGAGGAUGGCAACAUGCUGCUUUCUGCCUGCCAAGACCAGAACAUCCGCUUGUACGACACCACCAGGGGGCGCUUUCAACUUCAGCGAACAGUGAAGGCUCGCGACGUGGGCUGGAGCGUACUGGACGUGUGCUUCACCCCAGACGCACGUCAUGUGCUCUACUCCAGCUGGUCUGACUACAUUCAUUUGUGCAGUAUAGAUGGAGACAGUGAAAACCACACCGCCCUGGACCUCAAUCCAGAUGAGAGGAGGUUCUGCGUGUUCUCACUGGCUGCGUCCACAGAUGGCAACGAGAUCCUGGGAGGGGCCAACGAUGGCUGCCUUUAUGUUUUUGAUCUGGAGCAGAAUAGACGAACGCUGAAGAUUGACGCCCAUGAGGACGACGUGAAUGCGGUGGCGUUCGCCGACAGCUCGUCCCAGCUGCUCUUCUCUGGCAGCGACGACGCGCUGUGCAAAGUGUGGGACAGACGGACGCUGCGGGAGGACAGACCGCAGCCUGUCGGACAGCUGGCCGGCCACCGAGACGGCAUCACCUUCAUCCACAGCAAGGGUGAUGCACGCUAUCUGAUCAGCAACUCGAAGGACCAGUCCAUCAAGCUCUGGGACGUCAGGAAGUUCUCCCCUAAAGAGGGCUUGGCAGCUUCCCGCCUGGCUGUCACCCAGCAAAACUGGGAUUACCGCUGGCAGCAGGUUCCCCAGAGAGCCCUGAAGAGACACAAGCUGACGGGGGACACCUCGGUGAUGACCUACCGCGGUCACGGCGUUCUGCACACCCUCAUCCGCUGCCGUUUCUCUCCAGAGUUCAGCACUGGCCAGAGGUUCAUCUACUCAGGCUGCUCCACAGGCAAAAUCAUCAUUUAUGACGUGUUGACGGGCGCCGUGGUCUCCAGACUGUCGGGCCAUGACGCCUGUGUGAGGGACGUCAGCUGGCACCCGUACGAGGACAACAUCGUCAGCAGCUCGUGGGACGGAGCCGUGCGGAUGUGGGAGCACAGGCAGACCCAUCCUCUGGACGAGGAGCGAGACAGGGAGAGAGACUGAGCCCAGGUGGAGCAGACGGCGAGAGAGCAGGAGAGACGAUGUCAGAGGAAGUGACAUCACCACAGAAGGGGCAUGGCCGGCCCUGACGGAGGAGGACAGAAGGACCGGGAGAAACUUGAAUAUCUUUUAAACUUUAAUGCUGGAUAUCAGUGCUUAGAGUUUCCGCCUGGUUGUGAAGUGUUCGUUCCGGAGUCUCAAAGCCGUAUGCUGACGAGUGCACAUUAGGUCGGUCCACAUCUGUUUCUCUUUUGUUUCUUCCUCACUGUUUUGCGCAAACUCCAAGGCCAAACCUUUUGAAUUUGGCUUGUAACUCUUCAGUUUAAUGAGAUAUUGAAAUGUAAUGGUAAGUUAGCUGCAUGAAAAAUUGGGUAUCACAGGGAGAAGAUGAGGAUGUUAAUUCUGUAUAAAUGUAAAGGAUUUUAAUGGUGUGUGCGUGUGUGUGUGUGUGUGUGUGUGUGUGUGUGUGUGUUCAGGGAAUGUAGUGCUGACUUGGACUCCAUUGUGGCUUUGCUCUUAUGAACAACAUGAGGGUGAUUUGCAUGUGAAUUGCCAGUUAGCUGGACAACAUGUGACUUUCCAGCACCUCUGAUUGGCUCCCGUUUUGGUCGGUUAUUUCCAACGUAAGUCGACCAGGACGCCCAAACCUGCUGUUAGUUUUACUGUCGAUGAAGCCUCACGUCCAAAGGCAGUCCUCGUAAUUACAAACACUGAUUUAUUAUUGAUCCUGAAUCAGCACUUAAGUCCACUGUAGGUGAAAAGUAAUUUUGUUGGCCAAUGUAAACUUGUGAUCUGUUGAUUGUUGAGGUUUAAGUGUGAGUGAUAACAUGUUGAGACGUGUGCGUGGCUCAAAACUUUACACACUGAUCUGUAUAUGCAAUUUUCAGGUGUUUAUAUCAAAGCCCGGAUUUCACUCUCAGAACAUUUUACAGGAACAAUAAAAACCUCCUUAAACGUA